AUGUCGACUCCGACAGAAAAGUCCGCCGAAGCUGGUAAUCGUGGCAAUGGGUGCUAUCGGAAAGGCCUCUUCGAUCAGGCUACGAAAGCAUACUUCGAGGCCUUGAGGCUCGCGCCGAACCAUCAUGCACCGCUAGGCAACCUUGCGGCCGUGCAGUUUGAGCUGGGUAACUACACUAUAUCUGCCUUGUAUUCCGAGAAGGCUCUACGGCUACUCAACGAUGUCGAAGACAUCGACCCGAGGAAGCAGAAGUUAAUUCUGAGACUGGCAAGAGCCUACGCUCUCAGCAGUGGCCUGGAUAAUGCCACCACUGCCGUGGCUAGGUUGGCGCCUGGCGCAGAGAAAGAGGCUAUGGAGUCUUGUGUUGCCAUGCAACCGCCACCUCAGGAUGUCACGAACCUUCGAACCAAGGUAUUGGAUGAAGUUCCGAGAACCAAACCCGCCUGGGACGAACCAGAGUUCUACGCCGUCGGUCAUGACAACGCCGAAGCUGUCUACGAUGAUGCGAUAGCACCUUCGACAUCACAGGAGCUGUCAUGGAUGUUCGCCGGCGUUGGUGACGCUCGCAAUUUCUACCGCACACUCAUCGCGAUUCCCAACGGAGAGGACCGGACUGGUCGUAAAAGGCGUUACCACUUCACUUUGCUGGACCUCAAGCCGACCGUCUUUGCCCGGAAUCUGGUCAUAUUGGAGCUUCUGUCUGACUUUGAGUCUAUCCUGCAAGCCAAGGAAGCGCUCGCGUGCUUGAUCUAUGUCUUCGGCUGCCAGAUCAUGCCCCCUUUUGCGUACACCAAGCUUCAGGAAACGAUAGCCACGGUUCUCCGGAAGCUUGACGGUGGGAAGCCAGUGGCUAGCUGGAUUUAUGUUGCUGAAUCUCAGCACGCAGCCAUCCGCCAUCACUUGAGCGUGUGGCAGCAGAACCUUCGUGGCAAAUACUGCACCAGCAAGUUUCGCAGAGACGAUGAGGUCUUUGACAAAUUCGGCUUCAUGGUCCCGAAAGACGCCCUCCUUCGUGAGCAUGAAAGCGAGCUCAGCAAGCUGUUGGAUGAUUACAAGAGAGGUAACAAGGGUGCCUCGAAGGCGAUCGAGGAAUACAUCGACAACCACUGGCGGCCCAAUGUCACCUUGGUCGACGGCGACUUUCAGGACAUCGUUGACCCUGAUGGCAUCCUAGGCCCAGAAAUGCCUAUGCAUCCUGUCCUCCUCUUCCAUAAACUACACCCAGCGGAGGUCGAAGACACCGUUCACGCUGCGGGUGGCGGAAGUUUCAUGCAAUGUUUCGAGGUCUUCUUCCGAUGCGGUGCCUUCUCAUUGUAUCAGCUGCAAUCCAGAAUUACUGAUGAGACUGUUGUGGGUGAAUUGAAUGACUGCCUCGAACGGCUCCGAUACGAUGCUCUUCAGCAACAGCAUGAGAGCAAGCAAGGCACGAUGGACCCGAAUGUCUUCCCGAAGACCUACGAUCGCAUCCACCUUAGUAAUAUCCCUGACUACGACGGGUGUCCCUUGAGCUCAUUCCUCUACACGAUGCCAGUGCUGAAGGCAAAGUCGAGCCUCAGUGCCUGUGUGCUCCUCAACAACCACGCAUUCGAUGACUACCAACAUCUGCUCUCAGAGUACACAUUACUGGACAAUCUCAAGUCCAUCGAGGACAACUUCCGCGUUGAGCUGCGCGAGGACUCGCCGUCGAUCAGGGACUGGGAAGAAAUGGAGAUGAGUGACUACACGAACUGGGCCAAGGUCUCACCGUCGGUACUGGCCCUCGAGAAGCGUAUGUCGAAGGGUAAGCUAGAGAACUUCAUCCACCGUCAUCUCCUCAAGGUCUUGCUCCCCUAUAAGAGAGACCCGCUCGACGGGGAGUGCGUGCUCAUCGCCCACCUGCAUUCGGUCGGCUAUCCGGGCCACUGGCUGAGCUCUGUCCUCGAGGGUAUAUUCGAGGGCACUUUCACAACCACAGUCAGAGCUCCGCGACAAGCAGUCGACGACCCUGGUUCAGUUACCAACGCCUACCCAUCCGCCACCAUCAGCAUCAAGCCUUGGCUCGCCGAGCUCGCCACCCUCGGCACCAUCUGGCAAAGCCUCCUUCCCUUCGGACUCCUGAUUCCCAACUCCCUACUCCCUUCACGCGACUCGAUUCGGAAGUACACCAUUUCAUUCCCGCCCGGCGACGUCGAAGCGCCGCACCGUCCGCACUUCGUCCUCGUUUUCUGGAGCCAGGCCGCAGCAGGUGCUCCGCCAACCUCCUCCGGUCUUCGCCAGACUCUCUUAGACGACGAGCAGGGCGACCGUUCCGAAAAGGCCAGGAGCGUGCGCGAGUCUGGGAUUCGCGUGUUGACGACUUACAAGUGGGUCACUAAGACGGCAACGGCUUCGUUCUGGCUGAGGAGCGACGAGGUGGAGAUGAUGAUGAGGGAGGCGGGUAGCUGGUCCGCGGCUGUCUGGAGGGUGGAUAGCUGGGAGCGGGUCACGGCCUGGGUUGGGGUCUCGGAAAAGAUUGUGGAGGGUGAGGGGUGGGUUGACUGA